AUGGGGGUUAGUCAAGAGCAAGUUUUUGUUAUGCAGUUGACACAACACUUUAAAUUGAAUCAUGUAACGGAAUCGCAAAUCACAACGUACGAAUCAAUGAAUCCGUCAAUGGUGCAGGACAACCAAAUGUGCAAAUUGGGCUCGGAAAACAGUCAAGACAUCUGUCAUUUGCAACUUUCCGACUCUGCCGCAGAUAACAAUGCACUUCUAACCGAACAACCGACGACGUAUCAUUAUGACGAAUGCGGCUUUCAGAACAGCAACCAAAUAUUGCGCGAAAUGGAGGACAAAAAGUUGUAUUCGCUCAAGAUGCAAAAUAAUGUGUGUGCGCAAUGCGGAAAAUCUAUUCAGGAUCGGUACUUUUUGUCAGCUGUCGAGAAAAAAUGGCACAUUGGGUGUCUCUUGUGUUGUGUCUGCAAGAAAAGUCUCGACAAAGCAGGCAGUUGUUUCUCCAAAGGAGACAACAUUUACUGCAAAGUCGAUUAUUUUCGAAUCUUCGGCGCUCGUCGUUGUUCCAAAUGUUUGGCUUCAAUAAGUUCCUCUGAGCUCGUAAUGCGCGCCAAGCAACUCGUUUUCCACGUGAGUUGUUUCAGUUGUGAAGUUUGCAACACUCGUCUUACGAAAGGCGACCAAUUUGGCAUCAAAAAUUCCUCGAUUUUGUGUCGCUUACACUUUGAAAAGCCCGAAAAUCCAAACAAUUAUAUGUUGAUGCAAACAACAAAGUAUAACGAACCAUUAGAUAUUAACACACAAACGAACAUCGAAGACUCGGGCAACGUUUAUCCCGGCUUUUACAACUCACCUCAGAUAGAAACGCCGCAACAACCGAGACAAAAGGGAAGACCUCGUAAGAGGAAACAUAAAGAUAUUGAACGAAUGACAGCUAAUUUAGACCUCAAUACCGAAUACUUAGAAUUAGGAUUCUCGCGAGAUAGUUUAACAGGAUCGUCCCGUACUAAGCGCAUGCGAACGUCUUUCAAGCAUCAUCAAUUGCGCGCGAUGAAAAGCUAUUUCGCCAUUAACCAUAAUCCGGAUGCCAAGGAUCUCAAACAGCUCUCACAGAAAACAGGCUUACCGAAACGAGUUUUGCAGGUUUGGUUCCAAAAUGCCCGUGCAAAAUUUCGACGAGUCAUUUCGAAGCAAGAUGGCAAACCGGGCGAACACGAAGAAUACGAAACGUACGCAAGUCCCAUCCGGAUAGGAAAUAACGCGAGUCCCGGCUCCGUUGACUGA